AAUCGGAUAGUGUGGAAAAGAAGAAAGGAACUUCUUCGUUAUUUUACGCAAACAGGAAAAAAAAAUCCUCCGCUGCGAUGAUGUCAUCGCCGUCAGUAAAUAAUCAGGAUCAAAGAGAGACACAGGACACAGGGAGAUAGAUAGGAAUAAGGAACAAGUAAGCGGGGUUUGUGGACAGACACACAGAAAGUGAAAGAAUAAAACUACAGAGUGGGGAUAGGAGAGAGUGACCGAGAGUAAGGGAUAGGAGAUCAGGGGGAGGGAACAAAGUGGGGGAGAGAAAGAGAUAAAAAUAGAGAGGGGUUGUGACCGGUGAUUGGUCCUAGAGCUGCAUCAACCGAUAAACCAUGAAAGACUUGGCAUCUUAUGAACACAACAAUGAAGCCCAUAAGCUGUUGAAACAAAUAAAUCAGUACUUGGAACAAGAAUCCAAAUUUCUACCAAGGGCCAGUGGACUCCUUGCAAUUGAAGCAUCUUUGGAGAAUCAUGAUUGCAUCUCCCCAAAGUUAAGAGAUGCUAAAGUGGAAGAUCUCCGGAGUUUGACCAGAUUCUUCGGCUGCAGUACUGAAACUUUUGUUUUAGCGGUUAACCUACUGGACAGAUUUUUGUCAAUUAUGAAGGUGCGACCAAGACAUCUGCCUUGCCUUGGAUUAAGUGUCUUUCAUCUAGCAGCUAAGACCAUUGAGGAAGAAUGUAAUAUCCCUUCUGCCCAUGACCUCCUCCGAAUCAGCCACUGUAAGUUUACAGUGUCUGACCUUAAGCGGAUGGAAAAAAUUGUCAAUGAAAAACUGAACGGGGAAUUUAAGGCUGUCACCGCCUUGGAUUUUUUACACCUGUAUCAUGCCCUGGCACACUGCCAUGUAAUUAAUGGGAAAGAAUUUCUGAUUCUUGAUAGGCUGGAAGCACAGCUGAAAGCUUGCUGUUGCCGAUUUGUUUUUUCCAGAGCUAAACCAUCUGUAUUGGCCUUGUCCCUUCUGACCCUUGAAGUUGAAAACUUGAAAUCCGGUGACUUGUUUGAAAUUAUACUGCGUGUUCAAAAACAUUCCAAAAUUAGCCAGUAUGACUUGGCAUACUGGCGUGAACUGGUGUCCAAAUGUCUGGCUGACUACUCUUCACCUGAAUGCUGCAAGCCUGAUAACAAGAAGCUAGUGUGGAUUGUUUCAAGGCGUACAGCCCGUCACUUACAGAAUAGUUAUUAUAGUGUCCCUGAAUUGCCAACUAUCCCAGAAGCUGGCUGCUUCACUGAAACUGAAAGUGAGGAUUCAUGUGAAGAAAUGAGCUGUGGUGAAGAUGGUCUGAGUAGCUCUCCACGGAGUCACACAGAGAGUGAAUUCUUCUCUUGAUCUCUUGCACCAGUCCAAGUGGCAAAGUUCUACUGUAGAUUACCUACAUCAGUCUAGAGGUCUUGCAGCCUCAUCCCCUCAUACUUAUAGUUUGGCAUUAUUCUAGUAACUUUUAUGUUGUGCUGAUUUUAAUACGUUGCUCUGUCUUCAGUUCAAUGAGGUGAUGCCCUUCAAUACUGCUUAGACAAUGGUUGAUUGUUUAUUAAUGUAAAGCUAUACUGUAAACCAGUUAACUGUUGGUCUGGACUUAAUCGAAUCUUCUACUUGUUGGAUAUAGUUUUAUUAGCAUGGAAUUUUAUUUGCAAGAUAUGGUAAUAUAAAUAUUAUGGCAUCAUUUUAAGCUUUAUUUUAGAUAUGAAAAUCUGAUAUUCUAAGAUUCAAAAACAAAAAGCACUGACUUAAAUUCCUUCAGGAAAUUCAUACACAGCUUGACUAGGUAACCCACAGCAUUUCUGAUUUACUGUUAUCUGAUUUCUAAAAAUCACAUGGUUAAUAGAUACACUGUAAAAUGCAGCAAUUAUGGUGAAACCAGUCAUGAUUCCUGCAAGCUAACCAAAAAUCCCACUUUUGACUAUAAGUUUCAAAGUAGAACAUUGCAUGCUCUCCAUAUCCAUUGAUAAUGACAUGAAAAUAAGUUGUCGUGCAUGCUGAAGAAGCACAGGUAUUUGGAUCGACUGGAUGGAAGUGCAGCAUCAGUAAAUUAAUAAUAAUUUAUGAACCCUAAUAAGCUAAGGCAAAUGUCAAAGGAGUAUUUUAGGUAUUUAAUCAUACAUCUCUUUUUAAAAUGAUUGCAGAUAACAAUGUCUUAUCAAAAAUCACAUAUUUCAAGACUGAUUUCAAAUUGUAUCUGGAAAUUAAAACUUUUAUUAAUGUAUUGUUGUAAAAUGCCAGUUUAGAAUGGUAGUGAAUGGGUGAUGUUUUGUGAAUUAAGAAAUUGUGAAUAUUAUUGAAUGCAUUCCUAUUCUUCUCACUUUAAAUUGCUAAUUCAUGCCUACUACAAUAGGAUGACAGGUUUUUUUUUAAAGCUCAUAUUUUUGCUUCAAAAUUUGAGUUAUCAAAUCAUUUUAAGUCAGUGUUAUGGGAAAGGUUUUUUUUUGUUGCUGUGCAGAUUCCAUUUUUUGUAGAACCAAUCAUUUUGAGUGAAGUAACAUCAAAUUUAGAAGUACACUGUAAACCUUGACUCCUAGAAUUCCUGUACAGUGUCAGUUUCCAAUGUUGAAUUUAACUCCUCAUCGAUCAUACUUCCUGCACAUCACAGCUUACUCACUCACUCACUCACUCUCUCGCUCUCUCCAUCUGCACUUUUCACAAACAAUGUGGUGGUAGUAGAUGUGGUAGAUAGGAGAAUGCUGUUAACAACUUUUCACACUUGUCACUCCAGCUGCUUGGAGAGCAUUCAGAUCAGAUUGGUCAGGUUAGGCAUACAUUUUGCUAAUGUUAAACUAUUUUUUUUUGAAAGGAGAAAAGUGUCAACUAGAGAAAGUGUUCUUUUUUUUAAAUUGCAAAUGUUACAGCUAUUUCAGAUAGUACUUUAAAACCACUGUACUUUUCGCAACAAUUACCUCAAACUGAGCCUUUGGUAUAGCAACUUGUUUUUGUACAACCUAGUGGCUGUUUCAUGUGCCAAUCGGAUAUUUUUUGAGAAUGAUUAGAUUGUACUGUUGAUGUUUGAUCAAUGACCAUGCUUGCUCCUAGCUUUUUUUUGGUAUGAAGGAAAAGUUGUUUCCAGAACCUCUGCCGCAGCAAUGUAUGAAGGAGAAAUCCUCGUUUACAAACAAAUGUACAUAAUUUAACUUAAAUGUAUAGGAAACAAGUGCACUUAUUUUUCCGUUUUUAUUCAGGUAUGAAAGCAACCAAUGCACUUAUGAAAAGUAUUAUGUAGCACUGUCUGUCUGAUUCUUUGGCAUUGUGAACAUGUUCCCUGUAGAUAUUAACUUAUUGUAUAUUUUCAAUUUGUACAUAUUGUAAAAUAUAUCACCCUGAAACUUUCUACCUACCAAGGUAGAGUAAAUAAAGACUCCUUUGCAAUAUAUUUAAUUUUUGUUCAGAAGUU